CCCAGUCGUGGCGGUCGGGGGCGUCGGACCGCGCCGCGCUCGGAGCCUGGCCUCCCGCCGCACGUCCCGCGCGGCUGGGCAGCACGGGGAGGCGGUCGUGCGGGCUGCCAUGAAACAGCCCCUUAGGACCCUGCGCUGCAGAGGGAGCUGGCACCCCCGUGUCUUUCACAGGGGAGAUGGAAAAGAAAGCGCAUUUCGUGAAAAGAGACUUUCCUCCCAGGGAGGCGCCUUCGCUGCUGCCGGUGCUGCUGCUGGUGGCGGUGCUGCUCCUGAACGCCCUGCUCUACCUGUACCUCGGCAGCCUGCACGGCUCUUCGGGCCGUGCCGACGCCGAGCCCAGCCUCUGCCCUUAUGGGUCUUUCAGACUAGGGCCGGUGAAAAACUGCUCCCCCUGGCUCUCCUGUGAAGCCAUCGAUAGGGAAGUCAGAAAACUCAAACGUGUUGGCGAAGGAGCUGUGAAGAAGGUCUUUCUUUCUGAGUGGAAGGAAAACAAAGUGGUCAUUUCACAGCUCACCAAACCUGAGCUGAAGGAGGACUUUCUCCACGGACUGAAGAUGCUGAAGGCACUACAGAGCAAGCACGUUGUCCGACUGCUUGGCUACUGCGAGAAGCAGUUCACAAUCCUCACUGAGUACCAUCCUCUGGGCUCCCUGAGGGGUUUGAAUGAAACUCUGCACAUCCCCAAGUACAAGAGCAUGAACACUUGGCAAAGAAGGCUGAUGCUUGCUAUAGACUAUGUCAGCAUAAUUCGAUACCUGCACAGCAGCCCUCUGGGCACCUUAGUGAUGUGCGAUUCAAACGACCUGGACAAGGUGCUCUCUCAGUAUCUUCUAACAAGUGACUUUCACAUCCUGGUGAAUGAUUUGGACGCUUUGCCUCUCGUGAACAAGAGUGCCGGCAGGCUGGUGAAGUGUGGUCAUCGGGAGCUCUGGGGAGAGUUUGUAGCUCCUGAGCAGCGUUGGCCCUAUGGAGAGGAUGUGCCAUUUGAUGAUGACCUUAUGCCCCCAUACGAUGAAAAAACAGACAUCUGGAAAAUCCCGGAUGUCUUCAAUUUUUUCUUGGGCCACGUUGAAGGCAGUGACAUUGUGCGACUGCACUUGUUUGACAUUCAUGCGGCAUGUAAGAAGAAGGACCCAGCUGAAAGGCCUUCUGCUCAGGAGAUCUUAGACACCUACAAGAAAGUUUUAACUCUGUUGAUUCGGGAGGCAGCCAUGCCUGGUACUAGGGAAAUGUUAUAGCAAAUCAUGAGACAAACUGUGGACUGAAGUUGAUGUUCUUAUUUAUUUAGCUUGCCUGAAGGGCAGAAUCUCUGUCCCUUCAACUGAGAAGAUAAAAACAACUGAUUUUGUAUUUUACCUUUUGAUUAAAAAUUAUCUACCCAAUGCUGAAGCUGUGCACCUUUCCCAUUGGCAUGUUUAAUCUAUCACUGCAAGAAGAGGAGAGGGAGAAAUUAAGUUUUGAGAAUGGGGAAAAUUUCUCAAGAAGCAGAAUUUUUCUUUUGCAACAUUCAUAUAAAAACUCCCGUUUCAAACACAGAAUGUUUUUGUACAGAGGAGUUAAAAAAAAAAAAAAAAAAAGAAAGAAAUACAGUCCUACUUAAACUAAUUGGCAGAGGUCACCUGCCAAUUAGUUUGGGGAGCAGAGACUGUAGCAUGCCCCUCAAACUCUGUGCUGAUUCCAGUGGCUUUAGCCCAUGUCAUACGCACAAAUCGUGGGCAUUCAAAAAUGAGUACAGUUCUCUUCAGGUUUUGGUGAGCCCUGAUGCCACCUUCCCAACCACCGUGCCCAGCCUCCCUGCUGGAUGGGAUAUUCCAUGGGCUGCUUUUGGAGCCGUGCAGCCACUGCUCUGUGGUCCCUGUAUCCCACUAAACAAGCAUGUUGCUAGUUUGUAGGCGAGCAAAUGAUACAGAGACAGCUUAAACAUGCAUGGUUUUGGUUUUGAAACAUUUGCCCCUACAGUAUUCUCAGUAAGGUUCUUUGGAGAUGAGGGUCCAGGAGUCCUCUCGCUCUUUUUUAAUCCACAGGAAGCGUGAGCUCUUUGGAAGAGGGCUAAGUGUAUCUUUUAUGUAUAUUCAUUUCAUCCCUUUUGCACUCACUUUUGUGUUCACUGAACGUCAUGGAUGGAUGGAAGGAGAAAGAACAGGGAAUGGGAAGAGAACGUGACUUCCUUCCACAGCAAAUUGUGUGUUGGAAAAUAAAAGCCUUACAUUCAGAGUAAAUAACUCUGUCAGACCUGAAUUCAAAAUAAGGCUGCUGCUUUGUUCAGUGAGAUGAGGAGAAAGCUCCUGGUACCAAUAUGGAUGUUACAGGCUGUAACAGGUACCAACGGCUGGAGAAAGAGAAUAAUGAUGCCUUAAUUCUGCAGUAGGCCCUGUUUGAUGAGAUUGGGAUUUAAUUGUGCUCUUGGUGGAAAAAAAAAACACAAUGGGAAUACUGUGAAUGAGAUGUGGAUUCUACCAUUAGUGAAUGGUAGAAUUUCUAUACUAUGGAGUAGGCCUUUGGAAGGCCUAGGGGCCUGGGACAGCUUUCUUCUUGUCUUUACUUGAGAGGUGAGUUGCAGGCAGAGAAGUACACUGUCCUUUCUGCUGAAGAGUUUGUUUCUGUUCCUUGUCACAAUGAUAGUCCACUUCAUCUAAACAAUUUAUAACUGAACUGAGAAAACAGGUUUUUUACUUAUGUCCAACUGCUUGUGUUCUUUUGCUAUAAAAUUUCAUUGUAAAUGAGAAGACUGUCCUGCAAAUGACAAAAUUCCUAUCUGAUUUCUUAUAAUGCUAGCAGGAGUUCUUUCAAAGCUGGUCAUUAUGGUUUUUCUUUCCCAGUGGGCAGUCUAUUUUCUUAAUUUAGCUGAUUUUGCCAUUUUCCAGCUGUGCAGUUCUAGCCAGCAGAGCUCUUCCUGGCAGCUUUCCUAUUCACAUUUUCAGAAAUUAAAGCUCCAAAACAGAGCAGUGACUUUGGAUACUUCAUGUGUAUUUUGGACUUCGAUUCAAAGCACCUUCAAGAAAGGUGUGGAGAAAAAAAAUGCUGUCCCUGCUGUAAUUGUGUAAAUCAUCCCAUGAUUAUUAAUAGGGUUAUCCGGGGUUUUACAGUUCCAGCAUGAAGCUAGGAUGUGCAGGUGUUGGAAAAGCAUCCUACUGUGGCUCUUCAAGGCAGAUCCUUUGCUUAUUCCCACCACAGCAUUUGUUACUUUUUGUUAGCCCUUCUGUGUACUUGAAAGGAAAAUCAGCAUCUGAUGC